AUGGCCUAUCAGAUGCCGCCUCAGGGAUACGGGAUGCCCCCCCAGGGCUACCCCCAGCAGGGCUAUCCGCCCCAGGGAUACCAGCAGAUGCCCCCGCAGGGCUAUCAGCAGAUGCCACCCCAGGGAUAUCCCCAGCAGGGCUAUCCUCCGCAACAGAUGAUGCAGCCGCCCCCGCAGCAGCAACAGCAGGGUAGCUGGAAGGAUCAGCUCGCCCUCCCGCCCAGGGAUGAGCGUUACAGGACCGAGGACGUCACCGCGACCAAGGGCAACGAGUUCGAGGACUACUUCCUCAAGCGCGAGCUCCUCAUGGGCAUCUUCGAGAAGGGCUUUGAGCGCCCGUCCCCGAUCCAGGAGGAGUCCAUCCCAAUCGCGCUCACCGGCCGCGACAUCCUGGCGCGAGCCAAGAACGGCACCGGUAAGACGGCCGCGUUCACCAUCCCCGUCCUCGAGAAGACGGACACGAGCAAGAACGUGAUUCAGGCUGUGCUGCUCGUCCCCACGCGCGAACUCGCGCUGCAGACGUCGCAGGUUUGCAAGGAACUCGGCAAGCACCUGAACGUGCAAGUGAUGGUCACCACGGGAGGCACGUCGCUGAAGGACGACAUCAUGCGCCUGCACCAGCCGGUGCACAUCGUCGUCGCCACCCCCGGUCGUCUGGUCGACCUCGCGUCCAAGGGUGUCGCCAAGCUCAACCAGUGCACGAUGCUCGCGAUGGACGAGGCUGACAAGCUCCUCUCGCCCGAGUUCCAACCCGUCAUUGCGCAGCUCAUCGAUUUCCUGCCCCGCAACAGGCAGAUCCUGCUGUACUCCGCCACCUUCCCCGUGACGGUCAAGUCUUUCAAGGAGAAGUACCUCCGCAAGCCCUUCGUCAUCAACCUCAUGGAGGAGCUGACGCUCAAGGGUAUCACCCAGUACUACGCCUUUGUCGAGGAGAAGCAAAAGGUUCACUGCCUCAACACGCUCUUCUCCAAGCUCCAGAUCAACCAGUCCAUCAUCUUCUGCAACUCCGUGAACCGCGUGGAGCUGCUCGCGAAGAAGAUCACGGAGCUCGGAUACUCGUGCUUCUACAUCCACGCCAAGAUGAUGCAGUCGCACCGCAACCGCGUGUUUCACGAUUUCCGCAACGGCGCCUGCCGUAACCUGGUGUCGUCCGACCUCUUCACGCGCGGUAUCGACAUCCAGUCCGUCAACGUGGUCAUCAACUUCGACUUUCCGAAGAACUCCGAGACGUACCUUCACCGCGUGGGUCGUUCCGGACGUUUCGGCCACCUGGGCAUCUCCGUCAACCUCAUCACUUACGACGACAGGUUCAACCUCUUCCGCAUCGAGAAGGAGCUCGGGACUGAGAUUCAGCAGAUCCCGCCCACCAUCGACCCGGCCGUGUACUGCCGCUAAGUCGUCGUGGUGCGCGCGAUGUGUUUGUUUUCACCAGGGCUCAAGGACGGCGAGAAGUUGAAUGACACGUUUUAGAUGGGGAGGAUGCUGUAUUUGCGGCGGUCGCGCCAACUGUACCACACCGGCGCGGCUCCGCGGAGGGGAGGAGGCGACUUACGAGGAGGGACACAAGGACACAAAACCCGGCUGAUGAAUGACGGCCGAGGUUCGAUGAGAAUUAUACGAACACGCGCGUCGGGACGCGGCGGUUGGUAAGGGUUUCACGUAAACUCUUCCGCCCUUUUUUCGAGCGGGCCAACCGCCCCGACGCGCGUCGAUGUUUUUCGCACUAUAUCGUCGCGGGGAGACCCGCGACUCUACUAGGACACCAGCGUGCGGGACUUAGUUACCCCGUCUACGCAAACACACACACAC